AUGACCUUGUUUGAAAAUGUCACACGGGCUCUGGCCCGACAGCUGAACCCCCGAGGGGACCUGACACCCCUCGACAGUCUCAUCGACUUCCAGCGCUUCCACCCCUUCUGCCUGGUGCUGAGGAAGAGGAAGAGCACGAUCUUCUGGGGGGCCCGCUAUGUCCGUACUGACUACACCCUCCUGGAUGUGCUGGAGCCAGGCUCCUCGCCCUCAGAACCCACGGACUCUGGGAAAUUUGGCUUUAAGAACAUGCUGGAUGCCCGAGUGGAGGGCGACGUGGACAUGCCAAAGACAGUGAAGGUGAAAGGAACUGCAGGGGUGUCCCACAGCAGCACCCUGGAGGUGCAGACACUCAGCGUGGCCCCCAAAUCCUUGGAAACCCUACAGCACGAGAGGAAGCUGACAGCUGAUCACCCCUUCCUGAAGGAGGUGCGGGACCGAGGGGAGAACCUCUACGUGGUGAUGGAGGUGGUGGAGACCGUGCAGGAGGUCACCCUGGAGAAAGCCGGCAAAGCAGAGGGUGUCUUCUCCCUCCCAUUCUUCGCACCGCUGGGCUUACAGGGGUCCAUAAACCACAAGGAGUCCGUCACCAUCCCCAAGGGCUGCAUCCUGGCCUUUCGAGUGAGGCAACUGAUGGUUAAAGGCAAAGAUAAAUGGGAUAUUCCACACAUCUAUAAUGAUAACAUGCAAACCUUCCCACCCGAAGAUAAGUCAGAAGAGGAGAAGAUCACCCUUAUCCAGGCAUCAGAUGUGGGGGAAGCCCACGAGGACUUCAAUACGCUACAAGCAGAGGUGCAGAGAGAAUGUCGGGAAGUGGAGAAGCUGAGCCCAGCUGGAAAAAGCUCCCUGCUCAGCUCCCUCAGCAAACUGCUGGGGAAGAAGAAAGAGCUGCAGGACCUGGAGCAGACGCUCGAAGGGGCUCUAGACAAAGGGCAUGAAGUGAGCCUGGAGGCACUCCCCAAAGAUGUCCAGCUCUCCAAGGAGGCCUUGGACGCUGUCCUCUAUUUCCUCGGCGCUCUAACAGAGCUUAGUGAAGUACAACAGAAGUUAUUGGUCAAAUCCAUGGAGAAAAAGAUCCUGCCUGUGCAGCUGAAGCUGGUGGAGACCACAAUGAAACAGAAUUUUCAUCAGGACAAAGAGAUGGUGUUCCCCCUGAAGAUGGAGCUGCUAUCCUCUCUGGGGGAAGAUGAACUGACUCUGACAGAGGCCCUGGUGGGGCUAAGUGGCCUGGAAGUGCAGAGAUCAGGCCCUGAGUACACAUGGGACCCAGACGCCCUUCCACACCUUUGUGCCCUUUACGCAGGCCUCUCUCUCCUACAAUUGCUGACCAAUAGUUCCUAA